AUGCAACAACGCCUCUUGUUUCUUCUGGGUGAGUGUUGCCCUCUGCACAGCCAACCCCAAUUCCUGGAUGCAACUCUGAAUUACCUUGUGAACAGCUGGUCCUGCGAAGGAGCAGGGGGCUAAGAGUUUCCACCAGCGACAUCAGAAUUGUGGGGUAUGUUUAUUGGGGACUAGGAUGUCUGAGCAGGGAAUGAGUUCUACUUGAGAAGCAUUGAAAAGAAGCCUACUCAGGUCAGUGCAAUAGUGUCUGCAACACUGCAGCAUAAAUGGCAUCUUUGCUUUCACAAAGCAGCUCUACUUGCCUCCCCCACCAUCACCUACUUGCACAUUGGGAAAUCUUUUCUCCAUCUAAAAUACAUGUUGUACAUUCAUUUACUCUGCAAUAGCCCAAUCUGUAUUGGUUUCUGAAGCAAGGGACUGUUAGUAAACUGACUGUACUAGUUUACUUUUUUAAAAAGCCUGAAGAACGAUGACUCUCAUAAUGGAUCUGGUUGCACUUACAUAGAAAAGCUGCAACUCAAGCCUGUUCUGAAACUUUUAUUGUCCCCAUUUACUGUGAGUGGAGGGAUGGAAGAGAAGCAGUGUACUGGUAUGUUGUGUCCAUUUACUAAAAUCAAGGUAUUACCCUCAAAGUUUGAAAUCUGCAGAACACAUUUUUUCAAAAGACACGACAGGGACAUGUUCCAGAAAGCAGAAAGGUAGAUUGACCAUAUUUAGAAUAGAUGUUGUUAAUGGCAUUUUAUAUUUUGUCAAUUCUGUCCUCCCAUAGGUCUCCCAGGGCAAAGUGGUAGGCUUGGGGCAGAUCUGGCUCACCUAGUGGAAGACCAACACAUUUGUCCCUUCCCUCAGUCCCCUUCCAUGCUGUAACUUCUGGUGGGGGUGUAAUAACAUAAGUACUGAGCACCUCAUCACUGCUGAAUUUCUAAUUUAGGUCAUUGUUUUGGGCAAGGGGAAUACCAAAAUGGAAAAAAGGGGCUGCUAUAGCUCAGUCAGUUGAGCAUGAGACUCAUAAUCUCAUGGCAGUGGCCUCAAGUCCCACAUUGGGCAAAAGAUUCCUGCAUUGCAAGGAGUUGGAAUGGAUGGCCUUCAUGAUCCCUCCUACAGGCAGGCAGUUCAGACCUCUGGCAAGAGGGGUCUGUCUUUAUUCUGGCAUGUGGCCCCUAACAGAUUAUCCCACCCCUUGACAGAAGAAAGACUCCCCACCACUGAUCCAUAACUGUGCUCUGAACAUGUGAAUAACAUCCAAAAUCCUUCCCUAUAGGCUUUGUAAGUUAAGAGUACAAAAGGCUGAUAAAAGAGUAGUAGGAGUUAAAGAAGCUGGUGUAAUGCUCUAGGUAUUUUAAAGAGUAUUGGUGAACAGCUGCUUGUGAUUGACAGGAGCAUUCCAAGGCGGUUGGAGUCUGUUGGAAUCAGAGUCCAUUGGAGAAGGCCAUUGGGCUACCAUAUUUAUUUGCCACCAGUAGCUGCCUCUACCCGCUCCCUCUGGAGGAAGGAAGGAGCCUGGGACCGGGACCCAUAAACACCUCAGCACAUCCCUAAUAUUGAGAGCCAAUCUUGUCUUUUUUAAAAAACAGGAGUUAAAUAAAGUGUGGAAUAGUAUCAGUAGUGGUUAGGAGACUCAGGAAAGAAACGUUAGUGAGGUUAGGGUGAGGACAGGGAUGGAAGAUGCAGAAAUAGACUUUUCAGUUGUGGAUAGGCUCAGACUUUGCUCUUAUUUUAUAGGAAGAAGUCCCAGGUGGUACUGGUUAAUACACACCUUUUUAUUUGUUUAACCCUCCAAAUAUUAUUUUCUGGCUCUGGCUCUCCCAUGGGCAUGGAAAUGUCUACCUAGAUCCAUCUCUGCCAGGGCUUGGCAGCCUGUUGUGAUCUUGAGAACACAGCCCAGAAUGUUUACACCGGUAGAACUAACCUUCCACUUGAGCUUAAUCUCAUUUGAAACCUCUUGCCUUGUUUUUGCAGUUGCCUUCCUGAGACUUCAUGCCACAGGUAAAACGGAAAGGAAUCUCUGUCUCUUUCCCCUUUGCUUCCUUCAGUGACCUCCAGGUUGGGAAGAUAGGAAGCUUAGCUGCCUUACACAGAGUCAGAUAAUUGCUCAAUCUAGCUUAGUAUUGCCUAACACUGACUGGCAGCUGCUUUCCGGGGCUUCAAGAAGGAGUCUCUCCCAGAACUAUUUGGAGAUGUCAGGGAUUGAUCCUGGGACCUUCUGCAUGCAACACAGAUUUCCUACCACUAAGCUACGGCCUUUCUCCACAGCCUGAGAUGCUAUCAUCAUUCCUUCUAUUUUCAAUGUUCAGGCCGGAGUGCUUGUGCUGUGCAGGCUAAACAACACCAUCCGUGCACUAGAUGAACAUUUCAGAAGGCUUGCAGAAGUAAAAAAACACACCCUCAAAACCCUUUGAAAACCAGAACCUAGAAAACUGUAUGGGAAGGGGAACUGAAUGGAAUACGCAGGUAGAGGGCAUGGCUGACUGACUGGCAAUAUGAACAGGAGAACUCCACACUGCAGCAUUUUGUUGCAGGUCCCCUGUGUCCUGCAUAAUUAGAUGUAGAAUAGGCUGACAAUUCAUUACAUGCUGUGCUUCCCAUCAUUUUCCAAGGGGGAAACUUCUGUUAUUUUUCAUUAGUGUGCAAAUGCGAAUAGCAUGUUUACAAACACUAUUGAUUUGAUCUUGCUAUAGUUCUGGCCUUGGGGGAGAUGGCCUUAAGAGCCAAGGGCAUUGUUUAGGAAAUCUGCACAAAGGUGAAAACUGACUUGAUGAUCAGAUCAAGAGAUGUCAGGAUGGGGAUGUGGGAUAUCAAAAUUCAGAACUGCCUACUUAAGUGGGAGAAAGAGAUAAGACAGGUCUCUCCUUGACUUUGAUUAUUUCUCCUCCUGGCAGGUUCCUUUCCAGUACGUCUGUCUGGAGGCCCAAGCCUCUGUGCAGGACGGGUGGAACUGUUCCACCAGGGUGAAUGGGGGACAGUGUGUGAUGACAGUUGGGAUUUGCAGGACGCAGCUGUGGUGUGUCGAGAGCUAGACUGUGGGGCUGCCCUUUCAGCACCCCAUGGGGCCUGGUUUGGUGAAGGACCUGGACCCAUCUGGCUGAAUGAGGUGCGCUGCAUGGGCACUGAGGAAUACCUGCACUCCUGCCCCCAUAUUGGGUUUCGCAAGCAUGUCUGCACCCAUGAGGAGGAUGCCAGUGCCAUAUGCUCAGGUAGGACUCUUGUGAUUCAGAAAUUCCAUCAGAUGAACUCUGAUGAAAGCUGACUUUCCCACAGAGUUGAUUGCUUCAAGCAAACGGGUUGUUGUCAUACAGACACAUCUCUGUACAGUCCAAUUUAAAGCAUCCAACAAGAGGAUGUUUAAAGAUAAAUUCAGCACUUGAAUUAUUGGAAGACAUGUUUGUAUAAAGUUACAUUUGGCUAAACUUGUGGGAGUCAGGGGGAUGAGGCUUGCAAAUUCAUUAAAUGGCCCCUGCCUUUCCUCUGUAUAAUUCAUACUGCUCUGCUUAGUUAAAAAGGCCUACCUGUGAACUCCCUUUAACUGAAAGCUCUGCAGUCUCACCUUUUGACAGUAUGGGGGAAUGUAUCCAGCCAUCUCUUUAAAAUUAAGGCUGCUUGUUGCGAUUGGGUCCAAGCAUAGAGCUGGAUGCAAGUUUAGGUGUUUAAUAACUAUUGUUCUAUCCCUGAGGAAAAGGGACCUAAGUGGUUUGUAGCAUACUGGACCAACGCGCAUGUUCAUUUCUCUCUCUCAUCUCCCUUGGCAGCUCAGCGCUUUGGUCCUCUUACCGCCUUCCCCCCUCAACCGGCAUUCAGAUGGGGCAACAUGAAAGCAGUAACGACAGCAAGACCACUCAUAUCUUCUGCACCUGCUGAAGGUGAGUGUGCAGGCAUCCCUGAAGUGCACCACUUUCAUCGUUUAGCUGAACAAUAUCCAUCUCUAAAGUAGGGUUAAAAGAGAUUGUGGGGAUGGGUUCUGGGGACCCAUUUAUUAAAUCUUUUGCCAUAUAUUUGCAUGGUGGCAGUGCUCCUGUUGCGACGCACCUUGGACCAGGUUGCAACCCACCAGUGGGUCCAGUCCCACUCAAGCUUGCUUCCUUUUUCUAGCCCAGCUUUAACUUAGCCUGAGAGCUUCUUCUGCUACAUUUUAAUGAAUUUGUUAAGGCACAGGAGCUGUUUGAUUCAGGCACAGGAGCAAAGUGGCAACCAUACCAUUUUUUUUAUUCUAUUAUUGUGCCAAGUAAUCAUGGAGAAAAGGGAGAGAAAAAGCGUAGUACGAAAGAAGGAAAAGUCUAUUUCUAUACUGAAUAAAAAGCCAUUAUUUAGCUCACAGGUGGAGAACCUUUUUCAGUCCAUGGACCACAUUUGCUCAUGGGAAACCUUCCAGGGGCCAUAUACCAGUAGUGAGUAGGGUCAGGGGCAAAACUGGGCGUUUAACAUUGUACUGGGCACUUAGCAUUGUACAUUCCAGACAUGAAAACUCAGAAAGUCUGCCCCCCCCACUCACAUCUCCAUCCAGGUCAAUUCAAGAUAUUAUACUUAGGGAAAAGCAAUAAAGGGUGUAAAGCAGAACCAGAGAAGGGUAGGGCAUAGGCUAGGAAAAGUUCUAGGGGCCCAAGGAGUCCCUUUCCUGCUUUAGUUGCACAAUAGUUGUGGGCUUUCAUCUAGAAAUAAAAUGGACAGUGGCAUCCAGAUCGUGGCUUGGGCUGGAGACAGUUCAGUUCCACUUGCCUUAAGGUUAGUGGGGUUCAGCAUUUGCUUUAGUGCCCAAUCAGAAAUUUGAACUCAUUCUCCUUGAAAAAUCAGAUAGGCUGUAAGAUGGGAGAACCUCAUACCCCACCUUUGGGUGCUCCAGAUGCUAUAGCUUGUCUUAAUCUCCUCUCCCCUUUUCCCCCUCCAGGGACCCCUGCUCUACGUCUCGUGGGUGGCAGAAGCCGCUGUUCCGGCCGACUGGAGGUGUUUCAUGAAGGGGAAUGGGGCACAGUAUGUGAUGACAUGUGGGACCUUCUGGAUGUUGCUGUGGUCUGCCGAGAGCUGGACUGUGGGGAGGCACUGGCAGCACCAGGCGGUGCCUUCUUUGGUGAGGGGAGCAGUGUCAUCUGGUUAGAUGAUGUACAGUGCCAAGGAGAAGAGUCAAUGUUGUCGGAGUGCCAUACCAGCCUUUGGGGGACAACCAACUGCCGACACAGUGAAGAUGCUGGGGCUGUGUGUUCUGGUGAGAGAACUGUAGCAUUAUUUACACUUAAUCAUUCAGACUUCCGAGGAAAUUCUGAGAAUUCUAGUUUUGUGAGGAUUCCAGAGGCUAGGAAUCUCAAUCAUCCAUCACUUAGCAUCCAUCUCAAUAGCAAUUUCCAGGAUCAGUUGGAUGAAGCCAUGAGUUAUAAAGCUGAUGAAAGAUAUGAGUUAUAAAGCUGGUGUAGAUAUACCAUUGGUAUACAGUGGUACCUCCAGCUACAAACUUAAUUCAUUCCAGAGGUCCGUUCUUAAGCCGAAACCACUCGUAACAUUUGGCACACUUUCACUAAUGGCACCUCCCACUGCUGCUGUGCUGCCGGCGUGCAACUUCCACUCGCAUCCCGGGGCAAAGUUCGCAACCGGGAGCAUCUACUUCCAGGUUAGCGGAGCUGGUAACCCGAAGCAUUCGCAAGGAGGACGGUAUGCAACACGAGGUUCCACUGUACUCUGGCCAUGGAAAGGUAGCAUUGGUCUUACUGUGAAAAUUACUUCUCAUUUGGUGUGUGGAUGUCUCCAAGUGAGAUGUGUUUCUCCUGUUGCUCAUUAAGGCAGGAAACCAUGUUGAAUGCUCUCUCUUCCUGUUGAAGCCUCAGUUCCAUGGCUGAGCUAAAUUCUCUCUCUCUCUCUCUCUCUCUCUCUCUCUCUCUCUCUCUCACACACACACACACACACACGUGUAUGUAUAAGCAACAGAAGAGAUUGUAGAAGAGUAUGGGCUCUGGCAAAAUUGGAUGUCAGGACUACAAGUUAGCUAGCAAUAUAAGGAACAGUGUGAAAUAACCACUAUUAGGAUGUGACCUGUGCAACAACUUUCACAGUAAGACCAAUGCUAUCUUUUCCUUUAAGUACUGGAUAUCUCACAGUGAGGUGUACUAAAGCUAAUGAUAUAUUGGAUGGAAAAUUAAGUGUCUUCUGCCAUGGCUAUUACAUUCUUGUCUCAAGCUGCUCAUACUUCUUGGACACUUUUUGUUAUCUUGACCACAGGCUGUCAGUAAGUGGUCAGAGACUAUAGUCCUAUAUUCCUGGUAUGUGCUGAUCCCAGAGUGUUCUUCCACACUCAGGUCAUGCUUGCACUAUGGGCACUUGACUGAGUGCUGCUUCUUAUAAUUCUGAGAUUAGGAAUCUCAGGCUUGGUCAUGUGUCUUCUCUUCAGCCAGUUUUGUUUUGCAGUAUUGGAAUACCAGACUUCAACAGGAAUACUGAGGCUUCAACAGGAAGACAGAGUUGAGAAAUUCCUCUGAAGCAAAUGGUUUUCUGCCUUCCCAAGCAACAGGAGCAACCCAACCCACUCAAAGACAUCCAGCACCCAAGGGAGAAGCUAAUGGUUAUACCAGUAUUAAUUCUGCUCUAAAUUAUUGUGUAGGGAUAUGGUUGCACUGAAGCUUCCUUUGUAUGCGCUGUGUCUGUGUCACAUGGUGUAUCAUCUCCUCACAGGUGAGAUGCCCCUGGCCAUGGUGGAAGAGCAUGUGGCCAUGCUCACAAGGACCUUGGCACCCCAGAGGCGCCGGUAUGUAGCCCCUAAAAGAAUUCCCCGUCCUACUCAGCCUACAGGGAAUCAAGAAGCAACUGUAGCUAAUGAAGCAUUACAAAUAGAGAAGAGCCAAAAGGAAACAGUGCCAGAUGGUGAGUAGCAGAGAGAGGUAGGUGUUUAUGUCCAUUAUUGACUCCCAGGCAAUUUGCACAGGUGCUGUUUCUUGUUUGGAAUUGGGGUGCCAAUAUAAUUAACAACUAUGAAAACACAAUCUAAGUGACAAAAGAUAUUACAUGUCAACAGAUUUUGCAUCUUUGCUUCAACAAACCCCUUAAAAAAGAGAGCAGAGAUUGAGCCACUGGUUGAACUUCAAAUAAAGAAUUAUGAAACAAAAUUCAGUUGAGACAUCUCAGUGCUCAAGGAAGUUAUCACAUUACACAGCAUGUUUUACUUGUUUUAUGGCCCCCUUGAAAACAUGAGUGAAGGUCAAGUUAAAACAUAGGGCCCCUCCAUUCCCCCACCUGCUGCUACCUAAGCAAACAGGUACGACUCCACUUUCAUUUGAGUAAAUGACAAAAUUUGGGGAGAUCCAAUCAUGGAUCUUCCACAUGGCAUCUAGUUUUGUCUUGAACUGCUUUCAGGGGACAUGGGCUGCAUAGUCAUGGUAUCUGGAUUCCUUGCAAUGAUACUGUGUUUAGAUUUUUAUUUAUUUGUGCUUUAAUUUGUUUUAAUGUUUAUACUGUGGCUGUAAGUUGCUUUGGGUCACUUUUGUGAGAAAAGCAAUAUCAUCAUUAUAAAAAAUAGAGGCCUUUGGGAUUCACUAGAAUGAACUGAGAACCUCAAAGGGAAGGACCAUGGUUUACAAGUGAGAGAUCUGUGAUGCAAGGACUUUUAACGCCUCUUAUCCUAUAAACAUUUCCUCUUCAUAUGCUUUUAAACUCAGGCCAGUGGCAGGUGCGGCUGCAAGGAGGCCCUGGAUCCUGUGCUGGACGGGUAGAGGUUCUGUAUCAAGAUUACUGGGGCACAGUAUGCGAUGAUGGCUGGGAUCUGGUGGACGCGGCAGUGGUGUGCCGCGAGUUGGGCUGUGGGGCCCCUCUUCUCAGCCCUGGUAAUGCAAGAUAUGGGCCAGGAUCUGGACCUAUCUGGUUGGAUGAUGUCAACUGCACUGGGGCAGAGUUCACUCUACAGAACUGCCGCUCCCAGCCGUGGGGGACACAUAACUGCAAUCAUCAUGAAGAUGCUUCAGUCAUCUGCACAGGUAGGGAACAACUCAGUUUACCAGCUGAUUCCCAGUCAUGUUCAGUGAGUCCAUUUGCCUGGUUCCAAAACAGAUAUGCCAUAUUUAGGAGAGAGAACCCUGAACUUGUGAAUAAGCCAAUAAUAGAAAAUUCAGUGUCCUUGGGGGGGAAAGCAGUAACAAUCUCAAAUGGGCUAAACCAAGUUUCAUUCUGGAGACUCCAGUAAACACCUUAUUCUGGGUAUGGAUAUACAGUACUAAAGACUUAUAUUGGUUUUAGGUAAAGGUAAAGGGACCCCUCAUCAUUAGGUCCAGUCGUGACCAACUCUGGGGUUGCGGCGCUCAUCUCGCUUUAUUGGCCGAGGGUGCCAGCGUACAGCUUCCGGGUCAUGUGGCCAGCAUAACUAAGCCACUUCUGGCAAACCAGAGCAGUGCACGGAAAUGCCGUUUACCUUCCCGCUGGAGCGGUACCUAUUUAUCUACUUGCACUUUCAUGUGCUUUCGAACUGCUAGGUUGGCAGGAGUAUAUUGGUUUUAUGGCAGCUUAAUUGCUAUGACUUUCCAUCUUGGGAAUCUAUUUAGGUGAGGGUGCUGAGAAUUCUCCCUGCACUGCUAUAAUUCCCCACCAAGAAGAAAUGACUGUUAAAGUAAUUUUAGUCUGUGAUGUAGGAACACCUUCUGUAUUUUCAGGCAGGUGGAAGCAUCUGUCAUUGCCAAACUCAUCAAGCAAUUCAAAGAUAGCUGCACCUGCUACAACCAUGAAUCCAGGGCAAAGCAUCUUGGAUGUGGCUGAGACCAGCACAACUACUCAGGAGUUUUCAGCCAGCUGGGAGCUAGAGUUCCCUGAAGCACCAAUCCUAACCACACAAACUGUGGAGCUCGAACUGGAAAAGGAGCAAAAGCAAGCGAGCCCCUUCAACAGAAUUGAAACAACCACUAAUACAGAAGCCCUGCAGCACAUCCAAGAGAUGGAGUCAAGCAACACUCCAAAGACAGAACCAUCCUCACAGGAAAGGGGACAAGAGCCCAUUUAUGCCUCAGUUGAAUCUCUGCCAACCUCAGCCACACUGGAUCUGGUAUCUGAAAGAGAAACAGAGACAGUAAGCCUGUGGAAUAUAGAUAAAGCAACACUUAAUUUAGAGAUCCUGCGUGUUCAGGGGACAGAGUCAACCAGCACCCCCAAUACAAGGCCACAAACACACGAAUUGGGACAAACCCCCACCCCCUUCACAGCUGAGUUUCAGCCAGCCUUAGCCAUGCAGGAACUGGAAUCUGAGGAAGAAACAGCGACAACAAGCCCAACAGGAACAGGACUGCCCAUAGCUGAACCAGGCCUAACACUUGCAACAGAGGUAGUGCAGUCUAAGCACUCGGACAUUGCAUUUAAAGUGCCCUCAGUACAGAAGGUAGAACUUACCAAUCCCACAGCUACAGAUCAGCCUACCACUUCCACAUCAGUUCAGGAACCUGAAAGAGUGAAUGUAAUUGAUAAUGUAGUAAAGGAGCUGUUCCUGUUCUCAAAUAUCUUGAAGGUUGCAAGAGAGAUGGAAUUGUCGGCAACCACACAGAAUGCACCAUCUGUAAACAACAUGGAAUCCAUAAACCACAAAUCUUCACAUUCUGAAGAGAACACAGAUCAGAAGCAACAAGAGGAAUCAAACACAUAUUCCCAUACCAUCGGGCCCACAGGUGAGUAGCUGCCUCAGUGUCAGCUCCAGGAUUUUGAGGGGCCUCAGGUAAAGUAUCUUCAUUUGGGCCCCUUUAGUCAAAUAGUGUGGGCAGUGGUUGUUCCUCAUCAUUCUCACCACUAGAGGGAGAGAGCAGGAAGGUAAACUGGAGGAUGAGCAGAAGCCUGUCUUUUCCCUCUGAAGCAAAAUCUCAGAGAAGAGGAGAUUGACAAGAAAGUCAGUUGGUAGAUGGGUGGCUGGCAGCAGAUCCACCUCUUUUCCCUCCUUUGCCAUCAACCUGUUUGCCUGGCAAAGGCUGCAAACAUACAGUAUAUUUAAUGCACACACAUUCUCCUCCAAGAAUAUUGGGAACUGUAGCUUUGUGAGGGUAAAUUACAAUUCUUGGGAUUCGAAAGGAGGGGGGAGAUGAUAGCAUAUUUUAAAUGUGUGAUGUGUAUGCAACCUAAGGGGAAAGGCAGGUGAAUUGCCUGGAAGAGUAGGAGGAACAGAAAAUGUGGUCAGUUCUGCUCAAUGGUCAAUUGUUCACUUACUCUGUAUUUUCUCCCCUCCCAAGAGGGGAAAGGUGAGCAGGCUGCUACUGCUGCUGCUAUGUAGCAUUUCUCCCUCUGCACCCCUCCUCGCAGUGACAGCAACUGUAGAGACUCUGUUAGCUGUCUGUGGUGGGUUCCUGCCUGAGCAUGGAUGCUGGUAGACACCCAACCACACAAACUACUUAUAUUAUGCCUGAACUGCUUAUUAGGCAGGAACAUACCUUCCCCUUUAGCUCUCUCAGUUGGUGCGGGUUAAAGGUGAGCCCCAGCUCUCUGUGAAUGAAGAAUGCCUUGCAGAAUAUCCUCCAGAAACCUAUGCAAUUGCCAGACUUUCUUGGCAGGCAUGUUGAUGGAGAACGGGCCUGAGAUAGCCUCAGCCACCCUCCUAAGAUCAAACAUACCCUGCUCUUUUUUUUGGGGGGGGGUGUUAUUUAACUCUGCUGCUCUCAUUUAAUGUUACCACAUUCUCCCUCUCCAUUUGCACCAGAGCCUACCAUUGCUCCCAUUGUCUUGACCACUUUGGCUGAAACAGAUGUUCAUGAUACGACUGUUCUGCUCCAAAGUACAGUGUCACAUACAGUUUCUAUGGAUGGGCUGCUUGAGGAUAGUAUGGUGAGCUCAGGAAACACAGAAAGAGGAGCUGGUAAGUAUCAGAGACAAAGCUUCACUGCUGAGGCUAGGAAAAGGGUCUUACUUUGAAGGCCUCUUCCCAAACUGCAGAGCAUCGUUAACAAUUUCCACACAUUCUAUAGCUGUCAAAAGUUCAGAAUUGGGUCUCACUUACCUCACUGGCCAUGUUUAAGUCCAGUAGUCAGGGAUGGCACUUCCUCCUGGACAAAGUCAGUUUUCACAGAAGAAUUUCCUCCUUUUAUAUACCUUUGGCUAUGCUUAUUGAUCAUAGUCACAAGCUAUGGCCAUUGUGUUUUUGUAGUUUAGUUGACCACAUAACAUGCAAACACACCACCUUGGGGAUACUCCUUACUGGCUACUGGGGUGAUGGUGUCAAGGCACAAUACAGUCAUUGGUUAUUUUCUGUCUCUCCGAAUACAUAGGUACCACCUCCGCACCAGGCUUGAUUGAAGCACCAGGUCCAAACACCACUUUGCCUGAAUCUGUCACCCACAGUGCUACAGUUAGCGAGUCACCCUCGGACUUCCCUUUUAGGCAGGACUCAAGGGGAAAGGAUCAAGGCUGUUGCUGUUCACCACCUGGCCUGGAAAACUUGGUCCAUGCAAUGACAGGUCUCCGUGGGGAACUAGGCUCCCUCUCUACUACCAUUCAACAUCAGGGCUCUCAACUAGAGGCUCUUGCCCGCAGUCUGGCUGAGCUGGCAGCUUCUGUGAACCAUCUUGUGGGGGUGCUGCCUACCUUACUGCAGCCAGCAGCUGCCCAGUCCUCCUCAGCUCAAAAUACGCAGGAUGAAGGCCAAAUGCAUAACCAGCUGCCCUUAAAAUGA